AUGUUUGGGAAAGAUAUGGAGGAUCACAAGCAGAUGAGUUUAACGUUUGAGAUAGAUAACUUCUCCGAGAAGGAAGAUCUCAUACAAUCUCCAAAAUUCUUAAGUGGCGGCUGCGAAUGGGUUGUUAACGUUUAUCCUAAAGGAGAUCUUGUUGAUGAUCACUUGUCUCUCUACCUCUAUGUUGCGAAUCCUGAAUCUUUGCGACUUGGGUGGAAAAGACGAGCCAAUUUUUCCUUUGUUCUGUUGAAUCAAUCAGGCAAAGAGCUCUUCAGAACAUAUGAAUUAUCGAGCAUCUUGUUUUGCGCUGAGCUCACAGGAUGGGGUUUUCCAAGGGCAGUGCCUCUUAAAGAGCUUCAAGAGAAAAUGAUUCUCGAGAAGAACAAACUGAUCGUUAAAGUCAAAGUAAGAGUAGUUGAAGUUGUUGAUGAAGGAGUUGUUAGUGGGAAUGAGACGUUAGAUGUCAAGGGUUUCCAAGUCCUUCAUUCUCGGGCUAAUUUAGUGAGUAGGCUUUUGGUGAAGCACCCGGACAUGGCAGUAAACUUCAGAUCAAAAAUCCAACUGGUGAAGACAACUUACAUGAAUAUCUUCCUCGGUCUUAUCGAGAUGCUGAACAAGCCUCCACAUAGCAUCUCCGAAACUGAGCUAAGCAACGCUCACAGCGAGUUGAUGGAUCUAACAGAAGCAGGUUUCAAGCUAGACUGGUUGAAGACUAAGCUCGAUGAGGUUACCUUGGAGAGGAAGAAAGCAAAUGCUGUCAAUGGUGCUAGAGUCCAAGAACUUGAGGAACAAAUCAAGAAUCUCAAAGCUGAAAUGAACAUGGAGAAGGCCAAAUCUGCUGCUAAAUUCUCGUUGUUGGAGCAGACGGUGUCGGAACUUAAAAAUGAGCUGAAAACAAGAAGCUGA